GACUCGUAGUAAACCUCACGAGAUUUCCCUCACCACGCGGGGAGGAGAAGCUGUGUGCUGCGUUUGCUUUGUUUUCCGAGCCGUGCUUCCCUCUUCCCUCGUCUUUACCUUACUUGACUUUCUCUUGGAAGGAAGAUCCUUCAGCAGCCCGCGUUAGGACAAAAGGAUUUUCAGAAACCCAGGACUGAGUGGGACUUUUUCGUUCUUUCAGCCCUACCUCAGCAACUUAGUCCAUGGCAGUUCCCGAGACCCGCCCCAACCACACUAUUUAUAUCAACAAUCUCAAUGAGAAGAUCAAGAAGGAUGAGCUGAAGAAGUCCCUGUAUGCCAUCUUCUCCCAGUUUGGCCAGAUCCUGGAUAUCCUGGUGUCACGAAGCCUGAAGAUGAGGGGCCAGGCCUUUGUCAUCUUCAAGGAGGUCAGCAGUGCCACCAACGCCCUGCGUUCCAUGCAGGGCUUCCCCUUCUACGACAAGCCCAUGCGCAUCCAAUACGCCAAGACCGACUCGGAUAUCAUUGCCAAGAUGAAGGGCACCUUUGUGGAGCGGGACCGCAAGCGGGAGAAGAGGAAGCCCAAGAGCCAGGAGACUCCAGCUGCCAAAAAAGCCGUGCAGGGAGGGGCGGCCGCCCCUGUGGUGGGCACUGUGCAAGGGCCUGUCCCG